AUGAGGCUCAGAUUGUCAAGGGAGAGGUUCAACGAAUUUCCACUAGCUCAGUCAAACUGGGAUCGUCUAAGCCACGUUUCGGUCGAAUACUCGGUCGCAUCCGAAUCCGGACACUCUUUACACCAAUCCCUUCAUCUAUCAAGACCGAUUCCCACGCUACAGUUGCGGCGAGAAAGAGAUAUCAGCGUUCAAAGAAGUUUAAACGUUCCCUUUAGCGACGGUGCCACACCUAGGAGAAAUGCUAGAAAUUCAGCGUAUUGGAACAAAGAUUAUAUAAACCGACCCUCCGAAGCAAAAAUGACAAAGAGGUACAGACAAUACUUCGCUGUUCCGAAGUUGAAACCGAUUUACCCGACCAAGACCCCUGUUCCUCCCCGCGAGUCGACCAUAAACUUCCUCAAACGCCUGAACUUGUGA